AUGGCAGACAACAACGAGAACGGCCUCGAGCUUUCGGCCGACCUUAUCGAGUCCAACUGGGACCAGGUCGUCGACAACUUCGACAACAUGGACCUCAAGCCCGAGCUCCUCCGUGGUGUCUACGCCUACGGUUUCGAGCGCCCGUCUGCUAUUCAGCAGCGCGCUAUCAUGCCCAUCAUUACUGGCCGUGACGUUAUCGCCCAGGCCCAGUCGGGUACCGGCAAGACUGCCACCUUCUCCAUCUCCAUUCUUCAGCGCAUUGACACCACCGUCAAGCGCACCCAGGCCCUCAUCCUUGCUCCCACCCGUGAGCUUGCGCAGCAGAUCCAGAAGGUCGUCAUUGCCCUUGGUGACUACCUCAACAUCGACUGCCACGCCUGUGUUGGUGGCACUGCCAUCCGUGAGGACAUUGCCAAGCUCAACGACGGCCCUCACGUCGUUGUCGGCACUCCCGGCCGUGUCUUCGACAUGAUCAACCGUGGUGCCCUCAAGACGGACGCUGUUAAGAUGUUCUGCCUUGACGAGGCCGACGAGAUGCUCUCGACUGGCUUCAAGGACGCCAUCUACGACAUCUUCCAGCUCCUCCCCGCCGAGACCCAGGUUGUCCUCCUCUCGGCUACCAUGCCCACCGACGUCCUCGAGGUCACCAAGAAGUUCAUGCGUGACCCCAUCCGUAUCCUCGUCAAGCGUGACGAGCUUACCCUCGAGGGUAUUCGUCAGUUCUACAUCGCCGUUGAGAAGGAGGAGUGGAAGCUCGACACUCUCUGCGACCUCUACGAGACCGUCACCAUCACCCAGGCCGUCAUCUUCUGCUCCACUCGCCGCAAGGUCGACUGGCUCACGCAGAAGCUCCACGAGCGCGAGUUCACUGUCUCCGCCAUGCACGGUGACAUGGACCAGGCUCAGCGUGAGGUCAUCAUGAAGGAGUUCCGCUCGGGCUCGUCGCGUGUCCUCAUCGCCACUGACCUCCUCGCCCGUGGUAUCGACGUCCAGCAGGUCUCGCUCGUCAUCAACUACGACCUCCCCGCCUCGAAGGAGAACUACAUCCACCGCAUCGGUCGUGGUGGUCGUUUCGGCCGUAAGGGUGUUGCUAUCAACUUCGUCACCACCGACGAUGCUAAGAUGCUUCGUGAGAUCGAGGCGUUCUACAACACCCAGGUCGACGAGAUGCCCCUCAACGUCGCCGACCUUAUUUAA